AUGGCACUCCCCGCCCUCGACGACUCCCCCACCCUCCCCCAGUCAGACCUCCCCUCUGGCCUCGAGCACCCCUCCCACCUCGCCUUCCUGCCAGCCCUGGCUUACCCUACUUACCCUACUAAACUGGCACAAACCCUCGAGGACAUUCCGUCGCGCUCGGCGUCACCGCUUUCUGCCGAGUACCUCCUCAGCACUGUGGCAGUAAAGGAUGCCUUUCCCAGCCUCGUGUUGGAGGCCAUCGACGGCGGCUCUGUCGAUGCUGGCACACGAGCAAGAGCAGCGCGUAAGGGCAAGUCGCCAGAGUCUACUCUCAACACCAAAACCAUUGGCUGACGCGAAAACAUGCAGGCCGUGUAGACAACACGAGGGUGAUCAUGGGCGGCUCGUGGCGACCGUUCACCCAGCCUGAUCGCCGGUCUUCAGACCCCGAAACUUUGCAGAGCACACAACGCCCGCCUCUCAAAAGCCACCACACGUCCCCGCCGAGCUUUUCCUCUGCAAGCUCAAGCAGCUCUGGCUCCGGGCCGAGCUCACCUGAGCAGCUGCUUUUUCCGGGCGGCUCUACUCGUUCGGCCAUGACUCGGACACGUAACCACACUGUCCCACCUCCUAUCCAGGUGCACAGCCACUCGCGGCCACUCACGCCUCUGCACUCGAUCCCCGAGACCCCCAAAGAUCUCGACGUCUCGCCAGAAGGUAGCUGGGCUUUGCGCCAGUCUCGGACCCUUGGUCGGUCGAGGUCGCACCCGAAUUUGCGCCUGGGCCAUCGCCAGCUUCUGAGCUCUGUGGAGGUGCAUGAUAUCAAGCUGAAAAGGAGCAUGUCUAGCUCUGGAGACAAGGGCGAUGCUGUGGAGAGGAAGAAGAAGGCCAUGUUGGCAGUCUUGCAGAUGCGUCGCGG